UUUGUUCCCGCAUAAAUGGUAGAACGAGAAGAAAAACAAGACCAAACGCAAAUUGCAAAUCGCCGAGGAAAGAAGAUUUCACUGAAAACGAUGAAUAGCGUGUUCUCAGUUGACGAUUUCUCCGACCCUUUUUGGGUGGCUUCUGCUACAGGCGCUGCGGCGGGGAUGAGCCGAAGCCAAUCGGAGUGGGCGUUAGAGAAGUUUCUAGAAGAAUUUUCUGGUGCUGGUGCGGCGAUCCAGGGGUCACGUGCGGGUGAGAAUGUGAUUGGUACGUCUUUGGCGGCACCUCAAGCGCCGGUUUCAAAAUCUGAAAAUGGUGACGGGGAUGGUGGCGCGGUGGAGGUAAAAAAGCCUAAUAAUCUUAAUCCUCCGCCGUCCGAUUCGACACCGACGGUACCGAUUGACGCGGAUGAGUACCGCGCGAUCCUUAAGAACAAGCUCCAUCAAGCCUGCGCUGCUGUUGCUCUCUCUCGUGCGUCGGCUGUGAAGGCAGAAGGUUCGUCUGCGCAAGCUGAAAAUCAAGCGCUUCAGUCGGGAUCCGAUGUUCAAGGUUCCUCAAAGACACAGGAACAGGGUGAACCUGAUGCUGGUAUUUCGGCUGUUUCAACUACACAAAAAAAAUCAGGGACACAAAUGAGGCAAGCCACAAGUGGGUCAUCAAGAGAAGAUUCAGAUGAUGGUGAACUUGAAGGAGAUACUGAAACCACCGAAAACAUGGAUCCGGCUGAUGCAAAGCGUGCUCGGAGAAUGCGGUCAAAUCGAGAAUCAGCCAGACGCUCUAGAAGAAGAAAGCAAGCACAAAUGAAUGAACUUGAAACACAGGUUGGUCAAUUAAGAGCUGAGCAUUCCUCAUUACUUAAGCGUCUAACUGACAUGAAUCACAAGUAUGAUGAAGCUGCCGUUGACAAUAGAAUUCUGAAGGCUGAUAUUGAGACAUUAAGAGCAAAGGUCAAAAUGGCUGAAGAAACAGUUAAGCGAGUGACUGGCAUUAACCCCGUUCUUCUAUCUAGGCCCAGUGUACCUAGUGUGCCCGUGCCUUUUGUUAGCAGCCCAUUGGAAUCAUCCACAGGUUCCGUGCCAUUGCCGCCGAACACUAGUAAGCUAUUUCACCAACCAGUUCCUAACAUUGCUGCUCCCAUCCAUCACCCGAGACUAGACAACAGUUUCACAGGCAACAACCUGGUUACUCCUAUCGUGAAUCCACAAACCGAAAUAGGAGUGGAAAAUGUGAACAAAACAUCUGCAUUGCAGCAUGCGCCGAGAGGCGUGCAAAAGCAGAUUGGCCCUUGUGUGAGUCCAUGCGUGCCCAUGCCUGGCUGGGAACCCGGACUACCCCAUGGGGCUGCCACGAACAACAAGCAAAGCUAAAUAUUAGCUUUAGCUGUUGGUACGAACUAUUGGUUGAAAUCUAUUCAUGUACAUUGAUCAUUCUCACGUGCAUUUUUGUAUUUAAGAUCUUCAUUCAGCGUUGACCAUCA